AUGUCGAAGUAUCGUCCAUAAAGAAACAAUGAAUCUCGAACCAACCAAUCCCAAAAAUAAGAUAGUUCAUUGAUGGAAAGUGAUUCUCAACAGCAACCGAAGAGUCCCCAAUUCACUCAGGAGCAGAACACUCUCCCGAGAAGCACCUACAGAACACCAGAUGCCAGAGUCAAUCACUUCGAUGGAACUUCAAAUGAAGAAAUCUACAAGAAAAAGUAAACACAAACUUAUUCUAGAAUAAAUGAAUUGCAAAGAUAAAAUGAUGAUUUAAGAGAAAAGUAUUUACAAGUAUCCAGUGAGAAUCAAGUCAUUAUUUAAGAGCAAAGAGAGGAAAUAGAACAAUAUUAAAACGAAGUUGAUAAUUUGAAGGAGCAAUUGAUACAAAAGGAAAUUGAAAUGAAAUAAAUAUAUGAACUCAAUUAAUCCCUCAAACAAGAAAUCAGUGAUUGGGAAGAUGGAUUUGAUAAACUGGAAUAAGACUACAACAAUAAACUCAAAAUUGAAGACGAAUCAUAAAAAAUACUAGCAGAAGUCCAAUAGUUGAAUGAGGAGAAUCAGAAUUUGUAGGAUGAACUCCAAGAAAAGGAUAAAUUAUUUAAUCAAUGCAAAGAAUAACUAUAAAGUGUCUAGUUAGAUUUGAAUUAAUUGCAAUAAGACAGUUAGUACAACCAAGAAUUAUUGAAUCAGAAAGACAGAGAAAUCUAUGAAUUACAAUAGCAACUAGAAAGAGAUAAGGAACUCUUGAGAAAACAAUAGGAAUUCUCUAAUAAGUAAGAUCUCUUAACUAAAGAAAUUUAAAAGUUGAAUCAACAACUCAAACAAUUGUAAAAGGAGAACCAAGAGUUGAAGAAUGAAAAGCAAUUGAUCUCCUCCGAACUUCAAGAAAAUAGGGCCAAUCCUGAAUAUCUGACCAAAAUCAAUCUUUUGGGAUAGGAAGUUGAAAGAUUAAACAAUACACUAGCCUUAAAGAGUCGAGAAAUUAAUGAUUAUAAAGCCUAGAUCACUAGAAUGCAAAAGGAAAUCUAAAAUUUAAGAAUGAAUGAAUUCAAAUUACAAGACAUGAAUAUGAGUUUGGAUAAUUUAAUUAAUCAAUACAACAAAUUGAAAGACGACAAUUAAGUUCUCAAAUAGUAGAUGGCUCAAAAGUAAAUCAAAGUAAAUUCAGAAUUGGAGAAGAAAAUUUAACUACUUCAACAAGAAUGCGAAAAACUUUCUCAAUAACUCAAUUCUAGUAAAAAAGAGAAUGAUUACUUAAGAGAACAACUAAAUGCAUAAUAGUAAUUCGAAGAUGCUAACAGAUUGUUAAAAUAAUAAACAGAUAAGCAAUAAAUGUAAAUUAAACAGUUAGAAAAUGAAAGAUAAAGUUUAAUGCAAGAAUAUCAACUAUUAUCAAAUAGUUACAAUAAUUAAAAGUUUAAUUAUUCUUAACUUCUUUAAGAACAAUAAGAAAAUAAUGAUUCAGUUUUUCAAUUAAAAAGUGAAAUCUAACGAUUAUAAAAAAUAAUGCAGGAUACGGUUGAAAAAAGCCAUGCCAAUAACAAUCUAUAGGAGGUUGUCAAUUAAUAACAAAAAGAACUUGAAGUAGCUAAUAGACAAAUUCCUUUAUUGAAAUAAACAAUUUAAAAGUUAAAGAAUGAAUUAGACAUAACUAAAGAGUUUAUAACUGAAAAUAAAAUCGAAUAAUAAUAGUAACUUAUGAUUCAAUAGGAUCCGAAAUUAAUUGAUAAAUUGUAAAAGUAUGAGAUACGGUUUCCGUAAUUAGUGGAGGAAAUAGAGAGGCUUAAUAAAAUAUUGACAGAGAGAAAUGAAGAAAUUUUGAUUUAUAAAAAGAAUUCUUUUUAAUAGGAUCAAGUAUUGGAGAAAGUAAGUGCAUACGAAGGAGAAAUUGAAAGAUUGCGAUAGACAAUUCUUUUAAAAUAAUAAACAAUAGAUUCAUUAUAACAAUAAAAAGAGAAUCCUGGAGUCUAAGACUUAAUAUUUAAAUUGCAGGAUGAAAAUAGAAGAUUAACAAAUUUGGUAAGUGUAAGAAAUAAUGAAAUUGCAGAACUUAAAUUUAAAAUAUCAGAGUAUGAAUAGAAACAAAAGUUGUUGGGAGAAUCCAAUUCUGGUAAGUAUGAGUUGCAAAAUCUUAUGCUAAAUUAAGAAAUUGAUCAAUUGAAUUAGAAAUUGAUAGAGGCGAAGAAUGAGAUAAGCUCAUUGAAAUUGACUAAGAAUGAUAAAUUCAAUGAAGAAAGAGGAAAAGUAUUGACUUAAGAAUUAGAUAAGUAGAUAAGAAUAAAUAAGGACAAUGAAAAAGAAUUAAUGAGUUUAAGAUCAAAAUUUGCAGAAGUUGUAGAUGCUGAAAGAAAAUUGAUUGAUUGCAAAUGUCUAUUAGUUUUAUUGUAUAAUGAAAUAGAACGAUUAAAUCAAGAAAAAGAAAAUGAUAAUUUGUUAGUUUGA